AUGUGUGUGUGCUGUGUUCAGGUGUGUGUGUUGGUUUCGGUGUUGGUGAGUGGUGGUGGUGCACAGAGUUACGGACCCUCGUGCUACGGUGGAUUUGAUCUCUACUUUGUCCUGGAUAAGUCGGGUAGCGUGCAGCAUCACUGGAAUGAGAUCUAUUACUUUGUGGAUCAUCUAGCGCACAAAUUCAUCAGUCCUCAGCUUCGGAUGUCCUUCAUCGUGUUCUCCACAGAGGGCCGGACGCUGAUGACGCUAACGGAGGACAGAGAUCAGAUCCGAGCAGGACUGAAGGAACUCCAGAGUGUGUUACCGGGCGGUGACACCCUGAUGCACAAAGGUUUGGAGCGGGCGAGUGAGCAGAUCUACUAUGCAAGUGGAGAUGCAAAUCGGAUAGCGAGUGUGAUCAUCGCUCUGACAGACGGAGAGUUACGAGAGACUCAGUUUGAUUUGGCUGAGCGAGAGGCGGGUCGUGCUCGUCAGUUGGGGGCGACGGUGUACUGCGUGGGAGUGAAAGACUUUAAUGAAACUCAGCUGGCCACGAUCGCCGGCAGUACAGAUCACGUCUUCCCUGUACAUGAUGGGUUCGAGGCGCUGCAGGAUGUCAUCGAUUCAAUCCUGAAGAGAUCGUGUAUAGAAAUCUUAUCAGUCGAACCUUCAACCAUUUGUGCAGGAGAAUCCUUUGAGGUGAUGGUGAGGGGUAACGGUUUCCUCCACGCCAGAGAUAAGAGGAGGGUGGUGUGCAGUUUCGGCAUUAACGACACUUUCACCGUCAUUAAGAGACCCCGGGCUGUUGAAGACACGUACCUGCUCUGUCCAGCUCCGGUCCUGAUGGAGGUGGGGACCUCAGCGUCGCUGUACGUCAGCAUGAACGACGGCGUGAGUUUCAUCUCCAGUUCGGUCAGCAUCACCGCGCUCGGCUGUGUGGGUACAGUGCCAUCCCUCACCACGUCUACUGCUGCCCAGCUCACUACUGCCACCCUGCUGGAUAAUACUGGCAACGACGAUCCUCCACCAUCCGUCUGUACAAUAGAUGGAACAGUGUUAGCUAUAGCUCUCCUGGUGCUGCUGCUGUUGUUUACGCUGCUUCUGAUCUGGUGGUUCUGGCCCCUGUGCUGCACCGUGGUGAUCCAUGAUCCUCCACCACCCAUCACAGAGGAGAGCUCGGAUGAAGAGGAUGAUGAAGGCUACCUGAAGAAAAAGUGGCCGAUGGUGGACGCUUCUUAUUAUGGAGGAAGAGGUGUAGGAGGCAUCAAACGCAUGGAGGUGCGCUGGGGUGAUAGGGGCUCGACGGAGGAGGGGGCGAAGUUAGAGAAAGCGAAGAACGCUCGGGUGACGAUGCCUGAGCAGGAGUACGAGUUUAACUUCCCACAGACCCGCACUCUCAACAACGGCACUCACAAACCCCUCUCCUCUCCUAAAUGGUACACCCCCAUCAAGGGGAAGUUGGAUGCUCUGCUGGUGUGGAUAAAGAGAGGAUACGACCGAGUAUCUGUGAUGAGACCCAAACCAGGAGAAAAGGGUCGCUGUAUGAACUACACCCGGGUGAAAUCGUGCCCCGCCCCUCGUUACCCGCGCUGUAAUAACCAGACACCCAUCUACAGUGUGCCCGUCAUCUCCACCCCCCCCGCCCCAACCGGCAAUCUGCCCCCCACCCCAAACUCUCCCCACCCAGACUCCGACUCCGCCCUUCCUCCUCUCCCCUCGACUCCGCCCCCUCCUGCAAACAACCCACCCCCAUACUCUCCCCCGCCUAACAGAGCUCCACCCCCACUGCUGGUCCCGCCUCCUUCUCCACCUCCUUACUCGGCUACAUGCGCUCGAGCCCCUCCUCCGACCCGCCCGCCUCCGAGACCCUCCCCCUGAAGGGGCGGAGCUACAGGACUGAGGUUAGACGCUGACGUCAUCACGCGCAGGUACAGCAGUCGACCAAUCAGCAGCUUGUAUUCAUGAGUUGGUGUGUUUGUUCUUCUGAUGUUUUACAUUUGGGUUUAAUUUUCUCCACGUUCUGAUUUCUUUCUUUACUUUUUACUUUUAUUUGAUGUUUCUCGGCUCAUUGUUUCACAUUUCUGCUUGUUUAUAUUUGUAUAGACCUGAUCUGUAACUCACUCACUCAUGUUUAGCUCCUGCAGAUCUCAGUGUGCUGCUGCUUUACACCACUGAUGGUGUUUCUGCUCUUUAUUUCUCUUCGUUCUUGUUUGUUUGAUUGACGUUUGUUCUAUUUUAGCACCUUAUACCCUCACUUCUCUUCUGUAAAUUCACUUCUUUAUUUUUUAAAUUUAUGCUUCAUCCUGGUCAGGGUCCAGGUGGCCUUCAGUAAAUGUAAAUCAGUAAUAUAAAUGUUCUGUAGGGAGGGGCGGCAGCGAUACGUUCCUGUUGUACUUGAGAAUCUUUGCUCUGUAUUUUUGAGAGAGGAGCGAGCGUGUGUAUCUGUACAGUGAUGAUCAGAUUCAGAUCAGAUUCAGAUCAGAUUCAGAUCAGAUUCACACCAGAUUCAGAUCAGAUUCAGAUCAGAUUCACACCAGAUUCAGAUCAGAUUCAGAUCAGAUUCAGAUCAGAUUCACACCAGAUUCAGAUCAGAUUCACACCAGAUUCAGAUUUAGAUCAGAUUUAGAUCAGAUUCUGGCUGUAAUCUGACGACUGUGUGCGUGUAAACACACUCGGGGAGAGCUGAGCGAUUAUAAAAAUAUUACGUUAAUUAAAAAGGACGAGGAACCGAGACACUACAGGAACUUUUAUAUCUGUAAAUAAGCUUUAAAUGAACCCCGGCGGUGAUUUGACAAGGUUCUGAUUCUGUAAGAUCCUUCUGAUGCUUUUUUACCUGCUUACAUGUAAUAAUUACAUGAUUUUACAGGAUGUUUUUAAUGUAAAUAUGAUGAUGAUGAUGAUGAUCUGUGAUUGUUGGGCAUUAAUUUUGGGACGAGCGUGUUUUACAUGGACCAGAAGAGUCGGAUCUGUUAUUAUAAUUCUACAUGUUGUACAUUUCUUCCUAAUAAACUUUUUAAUGAAAAA